AAGAGUCUGGGCCCGACACGGGAAGAUGGCGGCGGCCGGAGGCGGCAGCAGCAGCGGCUGCGGCUCCCAGGCUGCGGAAGGGCCCGAGCUGUAGACCCCGACUCGGGGCCGGCGUGGACGGGCGGGCAGCGAGAGGCGGCGGCGGCGGAGGAUGAGCUUGCUUUGCGCUCAGUAUCUCCGGCAGGCAGAAGUCCUGAAGGCUGACAUGACAGAUUCGAAACUGGGGCCAGCUGAAGCCUGGACAUCCCGACAGGCUUUACAGGACUUAUACCAGAAAAUGUUAGUAACAGAUUUGGAGUAUGCAUUGGAUAAAAAAGUGGAACAAGAUCUGUGGAAUCAUGCCUUUAAGAAUCAGAUCACAACUCUACAGGGUCAAGCAAAAAAUCGAUCAAAUCCAAAUCGGAGUGAAGUUCAAGCAAACCUCUCUCUAUUCCUAGAAGCAGCUAGUGGCUUCUAUACGCAGCUACUGCAGGAACUGUGCACAGUAUUUAAUGUGGAUUUGCCCUGCCGUGUGAAGUCCUCUCAGUUGGGAAUUAUCAGCAAUAAACAGACGCACACCAGCGCCAUAGUGAAGCCACAAUCUAGCUCCUGCUCAUAUAUAUGCCAGCACUGCCUUGUCCACCUUGGAGACAUUGCUCGCUACAGAAAUCAGACCAGCCAGGCUGAAUCCUAUUAUAGGCAUGCAGCUCAGCUUGUCCCCUCCAAUGGUGAGCUUUGAAAGUGUAAUACAUGGGU